GCAGGAAAGGGUAGAUCUGCACGGCCGCCUCGCUUUCCUCUUCCUUUUCGCCGCCGCCGCCGCCAUCAUGGGUCGCAUGCACGCUCCUGGGUGAGUCGUCCGCGGAGGGGGGAAAGGAGGCGAGGGCCGGGGCUGAAGAGGAGGGCGCUCUCUCUAGCGAUCCUGGGGCCGGGGGGAGCUAGUGGGGCCGGGCUCUGGGCUGGCGGCGCGUAGCUUCGGGGCCCUUUUCUCGGAGGCCUCGAGGAGAGGAACCGCCUUGUCUCCCGGGUGUCCAUGGCCGGCCUCGGCCUCGCUGCUCCUGGCUGACCAUUAGCCUGGGGCUGGAUCUUGGGGUUCAUUGUGAAUGGAGACGCAGGGUGGUUUUCACCCUGGGCUUCCCGACUUUCUCCUGGGGAGGCCUCUGGAGUCGGGCCGCGGGAAGCCGCCACGCUUGGAGACGUGGGCUCAGACUUGAUUUAGUAAAAAUGAAAUCGUCGUGGGGUGUAGCUUUCCUCCCUCCCUUUUUAUAAAACCAGAAAAUAGUGGGGCUGUUGUAGUUCAAGAGUUUUUAUUUUUCCAUUGGUUUGACUGCACACGGUCUUGGAAGCAUCACGGGUGGUCAUAACAUUUAUGGGUUGCCGCUGCAGCAAGUUGGUAACUCUGUUGGGUAUCAGAUAAUGAGCUGCUUGUCUGUCAUGUUUCCAGAAAUGCAUGUUUAAAACUUUAUACUCAUUUCCUUCGGUUUCUUUUCCCACAGGAAGGGCCUGUCCCAGUCUGCCUUGCCCUAUAGGCGAAGUGUGCCCACAGUAAGUAAUAUCUUCAGUUGUUUGUGAUCCUGCUUUGGCUUAACAAAUGUUCCCAAUGUAUUAUGGUGUACAAUCAAAUAAUACUCACGUGGGUUGCCAUUGUAGAAAACUAUUUUGGCCUACAGUGUAUAGACUAAACAGUGAUGCUAUCAUGCAUUUGUCAAAGUGUCCUGUUUUCUAAAAGCUCUUAGUACAGGGAAGUACUCUCUAAAGUGCUGCAACACUUCUGUUCAACAGGUAGUUAAAUAAUAGGCAAGCCUUUCUCAAAUAUUUAUAUUAAUGAAGCACGCUGAAAUUUAUCUGUGGCUGCAACUGUAUACAUUCAGUUUAGCGUGGCACUGGAAAUGGUUUGAAAGGUAAGAACAUAAGAAGAGCCUGCUGGAUCAGGUCAGUAUCUUGUUCUCACAGUGGCCACCUAUAAGCCUGUGGGAAACCUGCAGGAUCUGAGCACAAAAGAGCAUUCUCUCCUGUAGUUUUUAGCAAGUGGUAUUCGGAGGCAUGUUGCCUCUGACCAUGACGGGGAAGCAAAAUCAUCAUGGUUAGUAGUCAUUGAUGGUCUUAGACAAAUUUCUAUAAUGACAUUAUGAUACUGGCAGUUUUAUUUUCAAUUCCUUUCCUAAUGAUCCCUAACAUGGUAUGUGCCUUUUUCACAGGUGCCACACACUCAGUUACUGUCUUUAUCAACCUGUCUACUAUGACCACAAUAUUUCCUUCCUGGAAAGUCUCUGCUGGUUCUGACCCCAUGAGCAUAUAUAUUGAUACUCUUUCUCCCCCCCCCCCCCAUACACACAUGUGCCUCUUUACAGUUGUUCACACUGAAAUACAUUUGUCACUUUACUAGUUUGGAGUAGUCCUUUUGGAUCUCUUUACAGUUUCUUAUAGUGAUCCUGAACAAAAGUGGUAUACAUUUGUACAUAGGUGCAAUUUAAAAGCUAUCAAUUAAAACAAAAAAUCAACAUAAAACAGCAUAGCAGCUACUGUGGGGUUACAAUGCAUCCCACCACUGUUUUCUGAAAAUAAAUGCUUCAAGGAUAUGCAUUAAGAUUUAGCAGAGAGGAUUGUUUGAAAGACUCCUAGACAGUUGCAUUUUCUAAAACUGUAUUGAUGCUAUGUAAUGUAUUGCAUGGUUAGUGUAGUCCCAGUUUGAUUCUGGGUGUUAGUUUAUACUACCAACAUAAACUAUGUGUGAACUAAUCUGGCUCACAAUUGAAUUAUUACAGUGGCUCAAACUUACUUCUGAUGAUGUCAAAGAGCAGAUCUACAAGUUGGCGAAGAAGGGCCUAACUCCCUCACAAAUUGGUAUGUUGAGCUAAUGUACCACAUUUGGCAGGUAUUACUCCUCUUGGCUACAUAGAGUUUUUACAGUUCUAGUUGUGUUGCUUGACUUGGCUAGUGGAGUGCUCAGAUGGUAUAGCUGCAUUUCUGUUUUGGGUUAAGCAUAUAAGUCUUAAAUCAUGUGUAAUACAUUGGAUUGGAGCACUGUGUGUUUGUGUGUGUUACUAAAUAAAUAUUUCAGCCCAUUAAAUUUCAAAGAUUUCUUUGGUUUCAGCCCUCAAAUUCCAUUGCUUCUAAAAUUUCAAGGUGCUGUGUAGUCACUAUUAGGUUGAGUUUAUAAUUGAUACACUCAACAAGUACCUGUAUUUCUGAGUGUGCAUAGCACUGUUUCGCUCAGGUUGCUCUCUGUGACUAACUGUAGGAAACCAUUUUUUAUUUCCAUCAGAAUAGUUCUCCCUUGUAUGGACUAAUAAUAAUAAUAAUAAUUGACUAAUAAUUUCUUGGUUGAGUGAGCAUUUCCAAUCAUAGCUGAGUUGUCUUGUAUUUCUAAAAGUGUGUAAUUAUUUCUCUGUUUCAGGUGUGAUCCUCAGGGACUCCCAUGGUGUUGCCCAAGUUCGUUUUGUGACAGGCAACAAAAUUCUAAGGAUUCUUAAAUCCAAAGGACUUGCCCCUGAUCUUCCAGAAGACCUUUACCACUUGAUCAAGAAAGCUGUGGCUGUCCGUAAGCAUCUUGAGAGGAACCGGAAGGUAAGCUGGCUAUACUCCAUCCUCAAGGUUAUAAAAUGGGACCUGCAGUUGUUCUAAGAACAAUUCAGAAGAUCAUGCCUCUAGGUUGGGGAAAUCCAUUAUGUAAGAUUUCACUGAACAUCCCCUUCCCUUUCUAGUUAGUUUCUUUUGUUAAAAAGCAGUAUUUAUAAGAAAAUUGGUUUUCCCCCCUUAGGAUAAAGAUGCCAAAUUCCGUCUCAUUUUGAUUGAGAGCAGAAUUCAUAGGCUUGCUCGUUAUUACAAGACCAAGAGAGUACUCCCACCUAAUUGGAAGUAGUAAGUAUAAUUUGCUCUUGAUCCUGGUGUAGAAAUUUCCCUUGAAGAAAAAAAAAGUAGGCAGCAGGUUUCAGUUUCCCAACCUUGUGACAUUGGAUGGGGGGGGGGUUUAGCACUUGUGCAAGGAAAGCUGCUGUCAUAAUGUUCUAAACCUAAAAUUUCUGUUACAUCUGAUUUGACAAUAGAAUAGGCUGGCUACCUAUAGACUCAGUUUUUUUUAAAGGGUAAUGUAGCCAUUAAAUGCAAUUGGGAUAUGCUUCUUUAAAAGAAGUCAGCUCUUUCCAGCCCAAGUGAGUACUGUUGGCCUACAGGUGCUAUAUAUGUAGUACAUCUAUAAUAGAAUAACUUGUUAGAAAUAUGUGCUAAUCCUGUUAACAGCUAUACUAGGCUAGAUUUCCUCCAUAGUUCUUUAAGCAUUCAGUUGCUUCAUUUGCAGAUUGCUCACUGUGAUGAUUGUGUUCCAAACAUUCGUAGUUUCCACCAGAAAGGUUUUUCCUUUGUGUUGGCUCAGCCCUUCCUUGGAUGUCUGAGUGAGCCGCUGGAAUUGUCAUAAAAUUCCUAAAUGCAGUCUUGUGGGUGUUGCACUUGCCACAUCUUGACAUCUCUCUUUUGCCUCCCUCUGUCUAGUGAAUCAUCCACAGCUUCUGCUCUGGUGGCGUAAGACCUGUUCUAUUCACCGAGGGAUCACAUUGGUCAUUUUUUGUGUCCCAUGCAAUGCCUCUUCAGAGAAGGAUGCCGUAGAGCUGUCUUAUUUAAAAUUGGCAGAAUAAGAUGUUAUCUUGACCAUGCGAAUAAAAAUCUGUUUUUUCCACCAGA